GAUAAAAUACUGAGAAGUAGGAAAAACAGGAAUGGCUACUCUAUCGCUUUCUAAUCCUCCAUUUUCCUCCGAAUUCACCAUUGCAGGCAAAUCGAACACUCGUAGAUUAAUCAAUUGUGCUUUCAGAAGCAACCGUGGUAAGCGAAUUUCGCGGUUUAGGGGUGGUUUGGUUGUACUGUCGACAGAGAAGAAGAAGAAGGAGGUGUGGAUUUGGACGGAGAACAAGCAGGUUAUGACGGCAGCCGUUGAAAGAGGUUGGAACACUUUCGUCUUCUCUUCUCUUCAUCGCCAGCUCGCUACAGAUUGGUCGUCAAUAGCAUUGAUAAAUCCUCUCUUUAUUGAAGACAAGAGGGUUCUUGACAACGAGGCUAAACUGGUUGCCACAUUUUCUGAAAUAUCGUCUCCCCAACAAUUAGAGCAGCUCCAGCCAGCAUAUGAGCAUGCAGAUAAUGUUAUUGUUGAUCUAUUGGAUUGGCAGGUGAUUCCUGCAGAGAACAUUGUUGCAGCAUUUCAUGGCACUCGCAAAACAGUCUUUGCCAUCUCAAACAGUCCCUCAGAAGCUCAAGUUUUCUUAGAGGCAUUGGAGCAAGGUCUUGGAGGAGUAGUUUUGAAAGUUGAGGAUGUUGAAGCCGUCCUUGAGCUGAAGGACUAUAUUGACAAAAGAUAUGAAGAAGGCAGUCUACUGGGCUUAACCAAAGCUACUAUUACUGGAGUUCAAAUGACUGGAAUGGGAGAUAGAGUUUGCGUUGAUCUUUGUAGCCUCAUGAGACCUGGUGAAGGUCUUCUGGUUGGAUCUUUCGCUAGAGGGUUAUUCCUUGUUCACUCAGAAUGCUUGGAGUCGAAUUACAUUGCCAGCAGGCCUUUCCGAGUUAAUGCAGGUCCAGUGCAUGCCUAUGUGGCGGUUCCGGGAGGUAAAACUUGCUACCUUUCGGAGCUCAAAGCAGGGAAAGAGAUCCUUGUUGUUGAUCAAAGUGGCAUACAACGAACAGCAGUAGUUGGACGUGUAAAGAUUGAGACCCGACCAUUAAUCAUUGUGGAUGCAAAGAUUGAUUCAGAUCAGAAAACUUCGUACAGCAUUCUUUUGCAGAACGCUGAGACUGUCGGACUUGUACCUCCCAUGAAAGGUGCAGAAAAGGAAGCAACAGCAAUUCCAGUGACGUCACUGAAAGUUGGUGAUCAAGUGUUGGUGAGACUACAGGGUGGUGCUAGGCAUACUGCUGGGCUUCCUCAUAAAUCAAUUGCAGACUUUCUUACAGCAUCUCUCCAACAAAUUCUUCAAAAUUUGAGAUUUUCGACUUUUUGAUCUUUUUUUUUUCCGUUAAGAGAUGUGUAACAACUCAUCCUACAUGGAUAAAACAGUAGAUUUAUGGACUCUUUAUAAUCUUAAAGUUGUAGGCUGUCGAUAACUUUCACCAUGGUUUUAAGUUGAAUCCGAAGUUAU